UAAAAAUGUCAGGAAGUGUGGCACGUCAACACAGGAUGUUGCACGGACACCCGGAAGUUGAAUUUCAUUUCCAAAUUGUGACAAACAUGCUGAGUAGAAAUGGAGAGGAGUUCGAGGAUCAUUUCUGCAAUUAAAACAUUGGGGUACCAGGGUGGCUUCUGCUUGUCGAAGUGCACAUGUGAUGAACUUCCAUGCCCGCUGUUAAACUGGCUUGCAUCCCAGCUGAAGUGUCGGUGUCCCGAACUUCGGGAUUCUGGUGAGAAAGGUGGCGUGUUGCUGGUGAGAGAGCUGAGAAACAUCCUGUCCGACUUGCAGUCCCCCCUCGCUGGGCUGACCUCGGAGAUGCUUGAGCCUUCCGUCCUUUACAAAAUCACCGAGUUCCUCGUGUCAGAAUUGCAAGCGGCUCACAUCAUCGAGCAUAAAGAGCCGCAUUCGAAGGACAAACCUCCCGGAGAGGAGACUGCAAAAGAGCAGCGAGCGGAGGAAAAGUCGGCGUUUUGUCAGCAAAACGAAGGCGGUGACGCAAGCGGUCACCGAAGGGCGGCUGAGGUGCAGGCCGAGUGGGUGCUCGUGCUUCACGCCCUGAACUUGGAUACGUCCUCUCAAUAUUCUGAUGUACUGCGUGAGGUCCAGUCGAGAGUUGCGCUUCUUCCUGGUAAAGCCGUGGCAAGCCCUCUUCUGUGCGCCAGCCUCAGUACAGAACAGUGGACGAAGCUGCAAAAGCUAAACCAAGUUCUGUCCGGCGACUAUUGCUGUCGACAGCAAAUGAUGAUCAAACGCUUCCAGGUUACACUUCAGUCAUUUGCUUGGGGAGAAAAACAAAAGGAGCGCAGCGAAGCAGUUGCCUCAGUCCCUCCCCUUGCAUCCAUCGCACUUUGUUCCAAAGUGUCCCUCCCGCUUCUGCUGGCUACCAGAGAGGAUCAAUCCUGCAUCGAGCCCAUCAAAGCUGGCAAAAGCACAGACGUCUACAAGAAAAUGAUGGGACACGUACCGGACAGAGGAGGACGACCAGGGGAAAUGGAGGCGCCCAUGCCUGCCUGGUCCGAACGAAGAUCUGCACAGGGAAGUGGAUGCCACAAAUGGCAUAAAAAUCCAAAUAAAAAGAGGAAGGGGAAGAGGGAUUAGCAUUCAAUCCUCUUUAGAUUGACAGACAUAUUUUUUUUUAAUUUAUAGUUAAUUCGAAGUGUUGGAAGAAGAUAAAGAACACAUAGUACAUAGUACACUUCUUGUACUCUGUGUGUAUAUAUAUAUAAAAUUUUGGGGGCAUUUUCUGCAGUGUGCAGGUAUAUGCUUUGUAAUCUUUGGGAAAUGUAAAUGGGAAUAUUAUUUGAAUUUGUAUUGAAUCUAUUUUCACACUUGCAGAUAAGUUUAUAAAACUUGAAUCAAAA